CAAAGACUCAUGAAUGCAAGAGUUGGAGAACACAACCACAGUUGAAUGGUGUCAACAUGGGGGACAUUGCCAUGGAUGCUGCCAUUCUUUUUUCUGGGAGCCAGCAUGCUAAAGUUCACAUGAUGUGUACUUUCAUGAAUCUAGGAUGCCCAAGUUCUACACAGUUCUUCCAGGUCCAGCGGCUUUACGUUGUACCAGCAGUUGAUGAGUUGUGGACCAGCAUAGAACAAAAGACCAUUGAAAGCAGACAAGACAAGGAUUUAGUCAUUUGUGGUGACGCGCGUAAUGAUAGUCCAGGUUUCAGUGCCAAGUAUUGCACAUAUACAAUGCUAGAUGAGGCAGAUGACAGCAUCCUCAGAAUGGGCUUCAAGGACAAGCGAGAGUGCGGUGGGAAAUCUCCAAACAUGGAGACCGACGCGUUUGUUGAAGCCCUUGAUGAUCUUCAGCGCAAGUUGAAAGUUGUUGAAGUUUGCACUGAUUCAAGUUCAUCCAUAACCAAGAAAAUGAGAGAGAAAUACAAUGGUCUGAAACACUCCUAUGAUGUGUGGCAUGCCGCCAAAAAUCGGUCAAAGAAACUAACCAAAAAAGCAGGCAAUCGUGAGCUUUUGCGAUGGACUUCAGACAUCGUAACCCACUUUUGGCGAUGUGCUGAGCUGUCGCAUGGCAAUGCCAAGACUUUUCUGCUGCGGUGGAGAGGCAUUCUUCAUCAUGUGACGGGUGUCCACCAGUGGGUGUCUACACUUGGGGAAGGCUAUGGCCCUGUCACAUGUGAACAUGGCGAGCUACCUUUUGAGUGGCAGUCUAAGAUCCUGAAAGCUGAUAGUCCACUACAUAAGGCACUGCAGGAAAUUGUCCUCAACCAAACCUUCCUCAAGAAGAUUCCCUACUAUGUAAAUUUUCGGUGA